GUGUGACAGCCCUUUCUUGCAAAACAAGAAAAUCUCCAGAAGGAAGAACAAACCGUGCACAGAACGAUAGAAAAACCCGCGUGGAAUGGCGUCCGUCGAAACAAAACCGAAAAAGGCUGACCAGGCGGAGGAAAAUGUAGACGACAAGGAAGACGUCGACGAGGAGGUGGUGGACGAAAAUGUGCCCGCCGGCAAGAAGAAGAAAAAGCGAUCCAGGAAACCGAAGAAGCCUGCUGCGGAUGAAGAUUCCGACGAUGAAGCACUGAGGGAAGCGUUGGCGGAACGGCAAGCCGAGGACAAGAAGAAGGUGGCAGCGGCCGAGAAGGCCGCCAAGGAGCAGGCGAAAAAGAAUCAAAAGGCAGCACAGGCCGCCACAGCCACCGCUCCUUCCGCUACGGCCGACGCGGAAGAGGAAGAGGAGGGCGAUGAGGAGGGCGACGACGCGACCGGUGCAGAUGGCAAGAAGAAGCGAAAGAAGCGCAACAAGAAGAAGGGCGCCGCCGCCAACACUCUGGUCGCACCGUCCGUACCGAUCGCGGAGCAGUUCUCCGACGGUAAGUUCCCAGAGGGACAGAUUAUGCAGUACCCGGAUUCCACCACGGCGAAGGACCGGUUUACGAGCGAGGAGAAGCGUGCGCUCGACCGGAUGCAUCAGGACAUCUACAGUGAGCUGCGCCAAGCGGCCGAAGCCCACCGACAGACGCGCCAGUAUAUGCAGAAGUGGAUCAAGCCGGGCAUGACGAUGAUCGAGAUCUGCGAGGAGCUGGAAAACACGGCCCGCCGCUUGAUCGGGGAGAAUGGGCUGGAGGCGGGACUGGCCUUCCCGACCGGCUGCUCGCGCAAUCACUGCGCCGCGCACUACACGCCGAACGCGGGCGACCCGACCGUGCUGCUGUACGACGACGUCACGAAGAUCGACUUCGGCACGCACAUCAAGGGCCGCAUCAUCGACUGUGCGUUCACGCUGUCCUUCAACCCGAAGUACGACAAGCUGCUCGAGGCGGUGAAGGAAGCGACGGAGACGGGCAUCCGGGAGGCGGGCAUCGACGUGAGGCUGUGCGACAUCGGGGCCGCCAUCCAGGAGGUGAUGGAGUCGUACGAGGUCGAGCUGGACGGCAAGACGUACCAGGUGAAGGCGAUCCGCAACCUGAACGGCCACUCGAUCAGCCCGUACCGGAUCCACGCCGGCAAGACGGUGCCGAUCGUGAAGGGCGGCGAGACGACGCGCAUGGAGGAGAACGAAUUCUACGCGAUCGAAACGUUCGGCUCGACCGGGCGCGGCCUGGUGCACGACGAUAUGGACUGCUCGCACUACAUGAAGGAUUUCGACGCGCCCAAGGUGCCGCUGCGGCUGCAGUCGUCCAAGAGUCUGCUCGGGCUGAUCAAUCGCAACUUUGGCACGCUGGCGUUCUGCAAGCGCUGGCUGGACCGGGCCGGCGCCACCAAGUACCAGAUGGCGCUGAAGGACCUGUGCGACAAGGGCAUCGUGGAGGCGUACCCGCCGCUGUGCGACGUGAAGGGAAGCUACACGGCCCAGUACGAGCACACGAUUAUGCUGCGGCCCACCUGCAAGGAGGUCGUGUCCCGCGGCGACGAUUACUGAGAGAGCAGCGCGCGGGCGCGGCGCAAUGGUUUACAGUGGUGCGCAUCUCCCCCAAGGGGGGAAGCUUUGCUCUGUGGUGGAUUGUGUAUGUUUCUGGUAAAACGCGAUGGGGUUGCUUGUUUUUUUGGUAAAAUUUUGUAAGAUCAUCUAAGAACCGAGUGGCAACCGCGCUCGUCACGUCUCGAUGGCUGACAGCCAGUGUGUUAGAUGGCGCGAUUGUGUUGUAAUAAAAGCAAAAUCAAUAUGCUACGAACAAAAACGGA